AUGAAAAUAACGGGGAGAAUUCGACUACUGUCAAAGAUAGAUGCAUUAGAUAUAAUAGAUAACUCCAUGGAAAGUCAUCCCGGCCAGACCGAAUUCUUGGAAAAGGUAAGGCUAUUCUGCACCUUCUCCAUGACCAGAGAUAAGGCCGGAAAGGUCAGAGAAGCUUUGAUGAACAUGGGCUUGACAGAGUUUGAGUCAAUACAACUGAUAGAUCUCAACCCCAGGUCGAUUGUUUGUCUCCAACUUGUAAUAGAAGACAUGGAAGAGAGAUUCUCCGAGGGAGACCUCUUUAAGAUACUAGGUCUAUUCGAAAAUGAUAAAUAA